AUGACCUCGGUUCAGAUCCUCGAAAGUGCUUUGAAGCCAGAGAAGCCCCUGCUUUGCGGUGCUGCAAUCCACGGCCUCAUCCUCGACACCCUCUUCGUCUCUGAUUUCGAUAUCGAUCUCGACGAACCCGAUGAUGACAAACUCUACGAGACCUUCGUAAAGAACUCGGAGAAAGCUACCCAAUCUGAAAAUCCCACACCAAGAGGGUUCAAACUCGAGCCGGAGAUAUGGCAGAUGAUGUACAACUUCCUCUUCCACCCUCGAAGCAAGAAGGAAACCGAGAAACUGCUCCGCGAACUCUCCGACUGCCUUUGCCUCGAGACAGUCAUGUUAACGGGCAACAACGAUGCGUUGACCAACCUCAUGACCUACCACAACUUCGCCAAAACCCUUGGUCACGACACUGAUCAUUUUCAGAAGCUAAUGGCUUACCUCAGGGAGGUUGGAAAGAGGAUGCCCAUCUCGGACAAGGCGAAGAAGCAUUUCGAGAUCGAGCGGUCGGGGGUGAUCAUGUAUAUGUUCACUCUCGUUCUGGACAUGUUGGAGUAUCAGAGAGCGAAACCACUGGCCCUCCAAGGGUACAAGGAUCGCUCUUCGUGGCCAACAAACUUGGACGACCUCUUCCCCCACGGCCCCGACAAGCUCGUCCAAUCUUUCAUCACCUGGUACCAAGUUCUCCCCGACCCCAUGCUGUUCCGACUCUUUGCACAGGUCUUGCGACUAAGCAGGGAACGAAUAAUCCCCAGCAUGGUCCAAUUCCGUUUCGCCACCUUCGUCUUCGACGCGUGGAAAUCGCAAUUCGACCUCUUCGUAUCCAUACUCGAAAAGGAUGGCAUGGAUCCCGCCAACGAGGAGUGGUUCAGUCCCAUGGGGAAGCCUUACUUCAUCCACGCUUACGCUGUGAGCAAGGGACAUUUCCGGUUUUGGCUCAGCACGGUCACCAUGUCCGAAACGUUCUCCUCAAACCACCUCGAGGACAUCUUCACCGGAUGCGAAGUCAAGGCAUUACAACUCCUUUCUCUGACGUGCUAUAUCACGGACAAGGACAGCAUGGGACAAGACCAUCCAAAACUCGUGCAAGACAACGAACUCAUCUUCAUCGCCCAUUUCUUGUACAGGUACUUGUACAUGCACCGGUACCCUGACCUCCACCUCCUGCUGCACCCAGCCAUCGUCGAUCUAGAUGGCGCGAUCUUCCCUUGGCCUAUGCCCGAAUCAGACGAGGAGCUUGUGUUGGACGCGAUCCUCCGCUUCAGAACGGAGGGCAAGUGCAAGAACAAGGGGUGUGACAACUCGAUGCACACCUCUGGCAAGUCCCUCCAACGAUGUGCCUCGUGCGGUGUCGUCGCCUACUGCGGCAAGCAGUGUCAAGUCAAGGACUGGAAGAACCCUGAAUUCCCGCAUAAGACGAUAUGUCCUCUACUCACGGAACUGGUGAGGAUCUCCGGGGACGAUGAAGGCAACCUGUUCAAUCUGGCGGAACGGAGGAGGAAGGCAGAGGCAUCGGACAAGGAGCUGGCAAGGGCGGAUAAGGAGUACGAGUGGAUGUCGGGGGAGAAGUCAUAUGAAAGUUAUAUCAACUUUGAGGAGGCGACUGAGAGGGUGAGAGCGGCUGGGUACCCCAAGGAGAGCUUGGAGACGGUGAAGAGAUGGGUUCAGCGAUUUCCGACCAGGUUCAGUGCCAGGCCGACGAAGCAUAUUAAUCCGCAACGAGAACUGAAGCCAGGUUAUCCUGAUUAUGAAGAGAAGGUCGAAUUCUUUGUUAAAAGGGACAUGGGAGGCCCUGCUCAUGAGCCAGAUCGCUCCAAACGUUGGCCGCAUGAAGGCGAGGUUGGCAGUGUAGAAGCUUCAUCAUGAUCAUACACCCGAACGAGUCAUGAACAUAGUAUAUUUUGUAUAAUCUAGUAAUACAUGUCUCACGCAUUGGACUAGUUGUCCUCC